AUGCAUUUUGCUGGAUAUGCAGCCCUUCUGUUUCUGGUGCUGAUUUACCAAGGUUGCUAUGCUAGAACAAGCAAAAACUGCACCACAUCUUGUGGCAACAUCGACAACAUUAGGUACCCUUUUCGAUUCAAAAACGAUCCUGAAAACUGCGGCCACAAAGAGUCUGAACUUGCUUUGGGGGAUGCCGGUUUCCAAAAGGAUAAUUGCUCCUCCAUCCCUCGCCAUUAUUUGAAUGUAUUCGAUAACGAGUCUUGGGCCAGUCCAUACAAGUGGGAUUUGCUUCGACAAGCACUACACUAUGAGGAGAAAUACUACCAGAGCUUAAUGUUCAUAAACUGUAAAGAUCCAGUACCGAUUUCUCCACUUUAUGUUGAUGCUUCUUCUUGCAUCAAUAAUUCUGGUUAUUGGUAUGUAAAGGUUGGGUAUACUAACGUAACGGAUUUGGUGGACUCGUGCCGAAUCGAGCAGAUGGUUGUGGCAUCUUUAAUGCCGAAAGAAGUGAAGAACAUUUCAUAUAUGGAUCUUCACCGUAUUAUGUCAUACGGAUUUGAGCUUUCAUGGGCUUUCGCUUGCUGCUUCAACUACCAGGAAAACCGCUGCAACCUACAGGAUGCCCGCGCCAUAAAUGGGUUUUGUACUCAAUUCAUCACUCUGCUUUAUAAUCUCCGCCAUGUACGACCGUACGGUAAGAAGCAUUCUACUUUCUUAAGUAGCGGAAGGAAUGAGAUGGGAUAG